AUGUCACGGUUGGACGGAUACCACGGGAUGGUGGUCGCACAAUACUUUUCCACUAUCACGGAUUUCUUUACACUUGAAGAGGUUAGUCAUUCGUUCAGUGGAACUAUGUCGAAAUUCCACACAAACCCAUUUCCUCUUUCAACGAAAACCCUUAAAUAUUUCCCGUCUAUUGAGACGUUGAACAUUUGGAGCGAAAGUGAUGAAACGUUUGGAAACAAAGUUAUUAAUUCAAAGUGCACACUUUCACCCAACAAAACCGACUUUUUCAAAAUUGUGGUAUUUUACACUGUGCCAUACACGCCCUUUAAAGAGGACUGUGCUCAGAAUGUUUUCUACAAAAACAUUGAAUACACUUAUCACGACAGAGAAAAAUAUGGCUGUGUUAUACCAAAGGAGGUCACGUGCAUUGGAAAUGGAUGUUUUUCAACAGCGAAACUCACAACACUUGAAAUUCCAAGUAAUGUUGUUUGUAUUAAUAGUUAUGGUCUGAGUAUUAGAGGAUUUGACUGGUCGAUUUGUGAUACUCUCACGCGCAUCUCUCUCACAGACAAAAUCACACAAAUCGAAGAAAACGCUUUUUACAAUUUGAAAAUUGAGGAUAUUGUCCUUCCUAAAUUAGUCAACAAUCUUCAAAAUUUCUGCUUUAGAGACUGCACAUGUUUAACACGAGUCGUUCUUCAUGAAGGUAUUGAGAGUUUUGGACAAGGUUGUUUCGAAAAUUGCAGACAACUGACAAACAUAGAGAUUCCAAAUAGUGUCACUUCGAUUGGACCAGGGUGCUUUUAUCAAUGCAUGAGCAUCAACAAACUUAUCUUCCCAUUAAAGUUAAAAGUGAUACCUUCGGAGACGGCAUAUCUAUGCAAACAACUCACUACGGUCGUCAUCCCAACCAGCGUCACACGUAUUAAUGCAAACGCCUUUUUGUUUAAUUACAAAUUAACUGAGUUGAAUUUGCCUGACACUGUUGUUGUGUUGGGAGAGAGAUAUUAUGACAAUGUUCAAAAUAAAUAUGAUGGGUAUUUUGAUAAUGGAAGAUUUAUGGAAUAUGGAGGUUUGGAAGGUUAUCGCCCUUGA